AUGAAAGUAAUUGUGAAUUUUGGUGAAAAAAAAGUCGUUGUACCAUGUGGUCCAAAUGGUGAUCUAUCUAUUCGAGAAUUAAUUCAUCUGGCAAAAACUAAAUAUUCAAAAUUGUCAGCCUACAAUAAUAUACUUAAUUUAAACAGUGAUCAAAUUCAAUUAAGACUAAAUAAUGGUGCUGUUGUCGAUCCUGAUGAUCGAGUUUGUGAUGUAGUUGAUGAUCGAGAAGAGUUAUUUGCUAUUAUUGAAUCACAUACAACAAGUCUUAAUAGUAAUGGUGAAUUAUCUUCAAGUAUAACAAGUUCAAAUUUAUCUACAAGUUUAUCAGAGCAUGAACGUCCUAAUGUACCACCUCCACCUCCAUUAUCAACAUCAAAUAAUCGUCAUGAAGUGAUUGUUACUGAUGCUGAUCUUCGAACUCGAUCUUUACGUAUCAAAACUGAAUCAAAUAAUACACAUCAACAAAAUGUAAUUAAUAUAAACCGUUCUAAUCCUUCUCCUCGAAUUCAAUCAUCUUUGGAUAAUAAAGGAAUGUAUAAUGUUCAUAUUGACGAACAAACUGGUGAUAAAAUAUUUCAUAUUUCAUUGCCAAAAGAAAAUAGUCCAUUAGGCAUUCAUGUUAUUCCAUAUAAUAGUAAUGAAGAACAAGUCAAUGGACUUCUUUUACAAAAUAUUGAAUUUGAAGGACGUAUAAAACGUCAAGGUAUAUUAGAAAUAAAUGAUCGUAUUAUUGAAAUAAAUCGAACAAAUAUUGAACAAUGUUCAUUUGAAAAAGCUCAAUUAAUUUUUCGAAAUGCUUUACUUGAAUCUGAACUUGAAUUAAAAAUAAGUCGAAGACAAUCUUUAUCAACAUCAUUUUAUUUGAAUAAUAAUAACAAACCUGAAAUUAAUCAAAAUACAAAACGUUUAGGAAAAAUAAUAAAAAUUACUCUUAUUAAAGGUUAUGAUGGUUUAGGUUUUAAAUUAGCAUCACGUGAUAAUCCAACAGGUAUUGCUAAUCCAAUCUAUGUUAAAACAAUAUUUCCUAAAGGUGCUGCAAUUGAAGAUGGACGUUUACGUAAUGGUGAUCGUUUAUUAACUGUUAAUUCCAUUGAUGUUACACAAAUGUCAUUACAAGAUACAGUUGGUUUAUUACGUGAAACACGUAUUGGUGAUACUGUUCAUUUAUGUAUAUCAAGACAAAACGACGGAUCAUUACCAAAAGAUUUAAUAAAUGAUGAAGUUAAAACACAAUUAAUGACGUUUAAUAUUCCGUUAAGAGAUACAUCGUCAGCUGGAUUAGGUAUAACACUUAAAGGAAAAACAUCGAUUGUUGAUGGACAAUCAAUUGAUCUUGGAAUAUUUGUUAAAAGUAUUUUAACUGGUGGUGCAGCUUAUCGAGAUAAUCGCCUUCGUUCUAAUGAUCAAAUUCUUAUUAUUAAUGAUUCAUCACUAGUAAAUCUAUCGAAUUUAGAUGCUGCAGCUAUUUUACAUGAUGCUGUACGAAAAGAAAUUCAACCUGGAUUUAUUAAAAUAACAAUUUCACGUAUUUUAAAUGAUGAACAAGAUAUGAAUUUAAAUCAUGUUAAAGAAAUUGAAUUAUUACCACCUGCAUUAACAAUGAAUAAUAAUGAUGAGAAUGAAUUAGAUCUUACAAAUUUUGUUCCAUCAGUUAAUCAAAAACCACCUUCAAAAUCAACAAAAUUAUUAGACUCUGAAAUUCGUUCAACAAUAAAUCAAUCACCUACGAGAAACAAAACAACAUUGGGUGAAAAACAAAAUCAGGAAGAAAUCAGUAAUAGAAGUACUAAUCCAUUCGAACGUGAAACUCCAUUUCGACAAAGUAUAUCGGAAAAACGUCGUACAACUCAACAACCAAAUAAUCAAGUUGUUCAAUGGAAACAACGAUCAUUUCAUGAAGCUCGAACAAGUAGUGAACGAAGACAACCACCUCGAAUAUUACCUGAUACACCUUCAAUUUUACCUCGUUCAUCAUCAUAUGAAAGUAUUUACAAGCCAAUAGAAGAUGAUGAACGAAAACGUCAAGCAAAAUUACGUAAUAGAGCUUGUAAUGACUCAUUUCGACAUGCUGUUGAUAAGUCAUAUGGGCAACAGAAUCGAGAUGAAUCUAUAAAUAGUGAUAAAUCCAAUAAAACAGAAAAACAAAAAUUUAAAUUUUCAAAUUUAUUUACUACAAAAUCAAAACGAAAAGAAAAUCAAGAAGAAAAAUCAUCACCAAAUCAAACAAUAAAAUCGCAUCUUACUCAUUCUCGAUCAUCACCUCACGAUAGUCAUACACCAUUUUAUCCACCUCCACCAGUGCCAUUCAGUACACGAUCAAAUUCAACAUCAUCAAAAUCUCAGAGUAACGAACGUACAUCAAAUGGUUUUCUUCAUUCUUCAAAUACACAACAACAACAACAAGGUUAUCAACCAUAUCGUUUUGACUCCAGUCAAAUGUCUCAUAAUCAACAAAUGAUAGAUAAUUUCAUCCAAACACGACAUGAAACACAACCUAUUCCUGGUAAAUCUUCUCUAUCAAUUAACCUUCAAAAACCUUCCCAUCCACCUAUUCCUCGACAAUUCUUACAAACAAAUAUGAAUGGUACACAAUCAUUAAAAGCUCAUCAAACAAAAUCACGUUCACCAUAUCCAACUACUUAUACAGUUCAAUCAAAUCAUUUUAUACCUCAUAAUCAAAAUCUAGAUUAUCCGAUUAAUACAUCUCAACAAGCAAGUUAUACAACAAAAUCACGUGCCUAUUUACAAUUUGAAAAUCCAGCUAAUGUUUAA